AUGGCAGAGGCAGUACUCAUUUCAAACCUCACACAGGAAUGGGUGGAGAGUCUGCGGAGGUGGCAUCUAGAAUAUUUUUUCAUCCCUACCACGGUCAUCACUUUGGCCUCCUUUCUAGCCAACCCUGUUCUCCUGGCAUGCAUCUUUCUGUCCCGUGCUUUGCGUCAGGAGACACGUUACCUGCUGGUGGCCAACACCCUAACGGCAGACAUGCUCUUCCUCGUCCUCAACCUGGCCACAGUGAUCUGUAAUGCUGCACAAGCUCAAAUGCCCUGGCUGGUUUGUGAGCUGCUCACUGCUGUCUCUGUCAGCGCCUACUGCUGUGCCAUCCUCACGGUCACCCUCAUGGUGGCAGACACAUACGCUGCGGUUCGUUGGCCCCUCCAUUACCAUGACAUUCUUCCACCUGCCCGCACCCACCGCAUACUGGUGGGAGUGUGGGUGCUGUCCGCCGUAUACCCUUUCACACUGUUGAUAAUGAUGGAGGCGGGGAGUGAAAACCCCCAUGAAAAGAUGGCCGUGUGCCUGGUCCUCAUCUCCCUCGGCUUCAUCAAGAACAUGACAGGGAUCCACAUCUACUUCUUUGUAACUGCACUCAUCUGUACUGUGCUCAUUUUGUACUGCUACGUUCGGCUCUACAUGGUAACAAGGACCCAGGGCAUCUGGCAGAGCCGCUUCUCCAGGGCCCGGGUCACACUGCUUGUUCACGGGGUUCUGCUCCUGCUCUACUUUACCCCUGGCUUUGUUUUCAUACUGGAGCUCGCUCUUUUCCAGAGGAAAGACAUAAGUCAAGAUGCUCGAGUUUGGAUUAACACGAUCAAUAUGUGUGUUUUCAUGGUGCUACCUAGGGCAUUUGCUCCAUACCUGUAUGGGCUGAGGUACCGGGAGCUCUCUGAUACUCUAAUGCAGCUGCUGCACCAGCACAGGAGACUCAGCCAGAUCACAGUUUGA